UACUUCGCUUCGAGCAGUCGUGUAAUCGUUGGAACCGGUGUCAAUGAAGUUCCUAUCUGCAUUUGCCAGUCAAAAGUCUUGCGAUAUAAACAGUGUAUUGCAAAAACGUGAUGAAUUUAAAAAAAAUUUCUUCGAAUUCUACUUAUCUUGUUUUAUCGUUUGAAAUCGUAUAGAUAUUAUCAGUGGUAUGUAGUGUGAUUGCUGUAAUCGUAAUGUUCUUCAAUUUUCAUUCAGUUACGAUAAAGUGGAUAAUUAAAAGAUAACUUGUUACGUUCGAUAGCAAGAUAAAUAUCUUCCAUUGGCGAGCGAUGGAAAAAAAUUUGAGGAGUCAAGUAAAGGUGACUGGUCCAACUGAGAUUUGACGAAAGCGGAAAAACGAAAGGGGAAAGUAGAAAGGGAAGGAUGAAAAGCUUUUUCUAUGCCACGAGACAGAGAGGCGCCAAGACGUCCCAUAUCCGAGACAAAAAUGAAAUCGCUGUAGUAUUCAUCCAACGAUGCAUAGUUGUUCUUGCUAUUAUACUCUGUUACUUUCAAGUUCGGAGCGAAGGUGUGGACUGCCAAGCGUAUCCAUUUCACCGCUUGUGCAGAGGUACCAUGACAAAAAAGCGUGCAAUGUUUCCGACUGCAUUUAGCUCAGGUUGCGACGAUAACAAUGUAAAUAUAAAUUGUAUCAGGGAAUUUGAAGAACAACAACAUUUUCCUUAUCUUCCACUGUCGAAAUCGAGGCUCUUAGUUGCUUUACUGAACAACAAUUUACAGAAGGACAUCACACGUUUGUCACGUCACAAAGGAAGGAACAAUGAAAUGGAUGAACAAACGCCACCCUUAAUCGACAGCUUUUUGUCAGAGUUGGAAUCAUCGGACAACUACUAAACAAGAAUCAAUCAGGAAAUAAAUAUUUGCUCGACUCGUGGAAACAUUUUUCAUUAACCGAACAUUCAGAAAUGUGUAUUUUGUCCUAUUUCUAUAUCGUUUAUAUGAAAUAAAAUUCCUUUCCUCUCUUCA